AUGAUAUACACAUGACCAAUUGUAUUUAUGAGUAAAAAUAGUUGCAAUAAGACGAAUGUUAGAUGCUUUAAUGACAGAUGGUUUUUGACAGUUAAGGAUAGUGAAUAGUCCCACCAGGGUUGUUAAUGUGCUUAUUAAGCAAACAAGUAGAGGGAGGGGUAUGACGAGAACAUUUCCUUCAUCUAUUGAUUACCUUUUUACUACAACACACAAAGAGUACGAACCAUUCACAAACCGCCAGAAAUUGAUGGAAACUUCACUAUGUUCGACUAUACCCAUUAUAUCAACGAUUAUGAAUUGUAGUUUUGUGUUAGAACUUAAAUAAAUAUUUGCCACUUAAAUGGAUGUACUGUGUUUGGAACCACACUUGACUGCGUUCUUUGUGUUACAUUUGUGCAACACCUACUUUUCAAGGUGAAAAUAAUUAAUCAAUUAAUUAAUAGCGUUUUAUUAAUUCUACAAUUUUCUUUAUGAUUGCUGAAUAUUUUUUCGUACUACUAGUUUGAGAUUCAAAGAACAAGGCUGGGAUUAUUCACCGGCGUCUGAAUUGAUUAUUUUCAUUAUAUUCAUUCACAAUGCUAAAUGUUUACAUUGAAAUGAUCCUUUGAAAAGUGAAGAAAUAAAUGCCAAUAUGUUCUGCCAUAUUUGACAAGCAUAAUAAAUAAGAAUAACUGAUUAGAUUAUGAAUCAAGAGCUUAGCAAAAAAUCAUAUCGUCUAAACCAGCCAUGCGUCUGUUUUCUAAAUUAGUUCCUUUAAGAGAUCUCAAGGGUUGCCUUUUUAUGGAACGCAUAGUGUGUAUGGAAUGAAGUAGUUGAAGAAUGCGAACAAUAUGAUUUAUAUUAAUUUGAAUUAAAGAGAUAUCGUCGUAUUAUGUAUUCGCCCGAGUUGAUGUGGUUUUAGAGAAGUGCAUGUCUGUGGAUACUCUUACUUCUACUCUAAGACGCACUUCAAGUGUUUUAGGAGACAUACCUGGAUUUAUGUGAAUAAUUCAACAGAUUGUGAGGACGAAUUAUGAACUAUUGACAAGAAUCACUGGUUAAGCAUGGAGUAUUUAAUCUAUAUCUCACUACUGGAUUUACUCUUUUGUUUAGUUGUGGGUGAUUCAACACUCUGGUCACAAUGGUGGAGUUAUGAUGGCAUAUCAGGUCCUGAAUAUUGGGGAUUAUUAAAUCAUGAGUGGAGUUUAUGCAGUCAUGGUAGAUACCAAUCACCAGUAGAUAUAACACCGAAAGAUCUGGUCUAUGAUCCUAACCUACGACCAAUAAGAAUGGAUAGACGCAAUGUUGAUGGUAUGCUAUAUAAUACUGGAUAUGAUAUAACCUUUAGAUUAAACAUGACUUCUCACUCACACUUUAGUUUUACUGGUGGUCCUCUGUCCUAUACAUAUAGUAUUUACGAGAUUAAACUUCAUUUUGGAAGUAUGGAUCAGCUUGGAUCGGAACAUACAGUUGGUGGUCGGCCGUUUCCUGCUGAGAUUCAGAUUUUAGGCUUUAAUUCUGAUUUAUAUGAUACGUAUAGUCAGGCUAUUAUGAAACCUCACGGAAUUGCUGCUAUGGCUAUGUUUGGCAUUAUACGAGAUGAAGAGAAUCCAGAUUUUGAAAUGCUAGUACAGGCUACAAAAUCAACAAGAUUUAAAGAUGACCAUAUUACGAUAGCAGAUUUUUCUCUCUUGGGUCUAAUACCACCUAGUGAAUUUUAUAUAACCUACGAAGGGUCUUUAACACAACCUAACUGUAUGGAAACUGUAACCUGGAUUAUAUUUAAUAAACCACUUUAUAUUACAAAAGAUCAGCUUUAUACUUUACGGCAACUCCAUCAAGCACCAGAAGGAAGCCCCCAACUUCUGAUGGAGAAUAACUUCCGACCGCCAUUACCCAUAAAUAGAAGAACUAUAAGAACAAAUAUAACACCAAAGACAGAUGAAAAUAAUUGUGGAAUGAAAAAGAUAACUUUUUAUGAAGUCAAUGAACGAUACCGAUUUGGCUAAGGAAUUUUAUAGGAUUUAGUAGUGUUUCGUGAAAAUGUGUGGAUGUUUAUAAUUUGAUGAUUUGAUGGAACACAAGUCAGUCAUGGUGCUUCUUCCACCUGGAAUCCAUUCCGGUGCUAGUUUGAUAUUAGUUGUUAAUUAAUACAGUAGUUGUUCAGAAAGAUUAACAAGUUGUUAGACAUAUCCAUAACAUAUCAUUGUGUGUGUAAAUAUCACGAAUCAAUAAGGUGGCAAUGGGCAAGCUUGCAUAACAGAUUCGUGGCUAGGUAUAGAUUUGAAAAAAACAAUUCUAAUGGUGUUAAAGGUCUCAUUAAUAAGACAAACAAUAGCUACUGCUUCAUUAUGGAUGAGAUAUGCCAUUCUACACGAUUAUCUUAACCCCGGGGAGUUGGAUGGCCGAAUGGUUAGCACAUGCGCGCUGUAUAAUAAGGUCUGUCAUUAAGUCAACAGGCGUGGAUUCGAUUCGUCGGGUGGUACGUGACAAGGAGUACGGUCGCCUGUCCAAUCUCGUGGGUUUUCAUCGGGUCCUCUGGUUUUCUCCCAAUCAGGCUAAAGACCUCUACGCUCAAACGAAUCAUUGAAAUAAAAUUGAACCAUGUGUUAAUCCCGAAAUGACCCCCCCCCCUCUUUCUCUCUUCUCUCUCUCAACCCACAAUCCAGAUUAAUUCGACUCGAGAAACACACUGAGAAUACUAGCACCGUUAUUGUAUAUUAUUUUAAAACUAGUCAGCAAUCAGAAAGGCAGAAUUAUUCCUAAGUACAAAAAAUAAGUAAAUAUUAUAAAAUAUAUUAAGCUCGUAUAUUUUUUUUAAAAUUUGUACAUUUUAAUAGAUUUAGAAAGAUGGUAAAUCAUAUAAUCUGACUAAAAUGUUUGUCUCUCUAUCAGUAUACACCGGUACCAUUAUUAUAAUUAAAGAAACCAAUGAUUGGUUUCUAGAUAUUUAGAAUUUUAUAGAUAGAUAUUUAAAAUUUUAUAGAUAUAUGAUAUUUUAUAAUAAGUUUCAUUUUAAAAUGGUGUUAUCCAGUACCCUUCUUACCAAACACGAAUCUUAAAUUCACUCUAUCAAUUAUUAUAGUCAAUAUUUAAUAACAGAUGUAGAAAACUUUCAUAGCAUGCCUUAGAACCAACUAGUUAUAUACUACAAGUAUAUAAUAUGACUUUGUAUACUUUUCUUUUAGCUACCAUAAGAUGGUUUACGUAUUUAUUUUAUGUUUGUAAAUCUUUGAUGAUGAUGUUACAUUUGUAGUGUAGAUACAAACUUACGGUUUUGAUAACCA